UUUCCUUGAAUUCGCAGACUUUGGCAGGGUGGUUGGCAGGGUCCCCGGUGGCAUAUAGAUCUCCAGCCUUGGGCAGGCUCUGCUCAGUCCCUGGAUGAAGAAGCCUUGAGGUUCCUGAGAUACAUCAGCACCACCCAGAUUGCAUGCAAUCACAUGAGCACAGACAGCCUGGCUACUGACUCCAGCCCUGCAAAGAAGCCCUGGUCAGUCUGUCUUGAUGACAGGUUUGGCUUAGCUCAUCAAAUCCGCAACAAGCAGUGUCGCCUCUACUCUUUAGGGCUGGGAAAUGAUGACACUCACUUUGAGGUCAGCAUGGCCAACAAUGGAUGCGAAGUGCAUCGUUUUGACCCUAGUGUCAAAUCAGCUCACAUUUUGGAAAGUCAGCGUCUUUGGUAUCACCGCCUGUGCAUUGACUGGAAAGAUCCCCAUCCAGCUGUUGCUGCCCACAAGCCACAGAGCAACACCAGAAAACUGGGAACCAUUUUGAAUGAAUUUGGGCAUCACAAGAUUGAUGUUCUCAAAGCAGAUCUGGAAAGUGCAGAAUGGAAAGUCUUAGAAAAUCUUAUCCUGGAAGAUGUCCUUGAGCAGAUCGGACAGCUCAUCUUUGAGAUCCAUCUCCACUGGCCUGGGUUCGAGGUCAGUGGCAAUGACAGCAGUGUAGUGCGCUUUUGGUAUAGCCUCCUGAAAGAGCUAGAACGAAAGGACUUCAGACUUUUCCACAGUUACAAAGAUUUAUCUAAACCUCAGCUUCUCCUGAAGAAAGACAUUUUCAAUGCAAGUAGCGGUUAUACUCUGAGCUGGGUGAAUACACGAUGGAAGUAGGCCGCAGGACAUCAGCAAGAACUCCAGGACAGGCUUGUGGAAUGAAAUAACGUGACUGUGAUUCCAACUAUCCUCACCUGUCCACCUCCUGCCCCCCCCCCCAGAGGUGGGGACAGUGUGAUUCACUUCGUAAGACAUAUAAACUGGUGGCUGUCAUGUGGUAAAGGCGCAGUUAACUCUCGAAGGGAUGGGCCCAGGAACAUGGCAGGCAUCAACCUCCGUGUGCUGUGGCCUGGCACUCCGUCUGGUGGCCUCUGACAGUGAGGUGCUAUCCUCCUUCUCUUUACUCCACACUUACCGUUUCCCCACAUUCCAUUAUGCUUCUACAAAGCAGGAAUUCAUCAACAUUAAAAAAUAAAUUCUAUAUUUUUUCCAUUGCUCCUCGGUUGAUGAGAUUCUUACGUUUGUAGGCUACUGUUGAAAUUAGGGCCGUUCAUUUGACUUUACUCCCCUCCUUUUAGAUUUUCUCCUAGGCCUUGUCAGAAACAUUCUUGACAGCCUUUGCUGAGGCCUUGCUGUG